AGAAUGAAGGUGAAGGGAGAAUGAGGGGGGAUUCUCUUCUCUGCCAGCAGAAAAAAUGAAGCGUAUUGUGUGUGCGAGCAGAGAAAAGCCUUGCAUAAUUACCUCCCUGUGGGAUUUUCAAUACGUGUGUGCGUACGCGUGUUUCCAUCUGUCUGUCUCACUAUCUGUUUGUCCGUGUGCACCUCUCUUGCAAACUCUCAUUUUCUCUUCCCUCCUCCCCUUUUUUCACUCGCCUCCUCUCUCACUCACACACUCUCUCUCUCUCUCUCUCGUUCUCCCUGUUUCUCUAUUCCCCUCUCACUCCCUGCUCUCCUCCCUCUCUCUCCUUGUAAGCGUAGUCUGGGCAUGCUGCCAAGCCGAGUGUGUGUUUUUUGAAUGAAUACCUGAUGAAGCUGAUGAAGUGCGUUGUGGGCGGAGCACCGGGAGGGGAGUACUGCUCGGAGCUCUGGCAGUCGAGUGGCCUUGCAUAACAUACGCCGGAGUGUUGCACACGUACUGCUUCAUGUGAGCCAGGAGCACGGGGGGACUUCCUUAUCGCCAGCCCAUGGAAACGGCUUAGCGGAGGGGGCAGCGGGGAGAUCGCGUACCGGAACGAGGAAAAGGGUGAAUUUCCAUUGCUAAAUUUGCUUUAAGGAAACGCUCUGCAUGAAAGGGAAGAAUUGGAGAGGGGCUAAGCUUUUUUUUCUCAGGGACGCGAAAAGGCAUAGAGACCCAGAGAGGAUUUUUUUAACAGGCUAUGCAAGCAGAGACUCUGGAGAGAUUGAGUACAGUUACAGCUGAGGAGGCCCACACUCAGAGGGAGAUGAUUCCUCAUGAAAUCCAUGGAUCCUCCUCUGACAGCAGACAAGACUCCACAAGCUUCAGACUGAGAUCUGCAUCAGUCAGACGCUGAGGACGCCGGAGUGGCUAACGAGUUAGCGGGAGGACCCCGCUACAGUGAUAACUACAACUACCGGACAGAUAAAGAGAGAUAAAGAGUUAGAGAGAAAAGGAAGAGAGGGAGAAAACUGACAUUAGAAGACGAGACUGGACUUGCCAGCAGUAGAACAACAUGAAGUCCAACCAGGAGCGGAGUAAUGAGUGUUUGCCCCCAAAGAAACGCGAAAUUCUGGCCAUGGAAGAGAAGGCUGUGGUGGUGGCAUCGGCCAGCGAGAGCCAACGAGGGGAAAACCUGGCAUGGCUUGCAAGCGUGGCCAGUGGGCAGAACACUGGAGGGCAGCACGAUGGACACAUACACAAACCCCUCUCCUCAACAACGGAGUACUCCUCUUCCUCCUGCUCUUCAUCCUCCUUGUCCUCCCAGUCCAGAGUUGCAGUGGCUGGAACAGCGCUGACCACUCUGCCUACGGUGUACUCUUCGCCCCUCUCCCAAGCUGCCGGGACCAUCCAGUAUACCCAGCUGCCACCCAACGUGCAGUUCAUCAGCCCAGCCUACGGGGGGCACUACGCCGGCUACAUCUCCUCCCAGCUCAUCUCCCCAACGGCCACGUCCACCCCUGCCCUGGUCCAGCGCCCUCACCUGGAGGCCUAUGGUAGCGCUGUGGUUUCACAGGCCUCUAAAGGGGACCAGCACCACCUGCUGGGCACCCCUCCUCCACCCCAGUCUACCCACCAGUACGUCCAGAUGGCCGGCUCCCCUCUGAGUGUGACGGCGGGGACGGUGGCCUCGCCUGGCGGCCAUCUGCCCUUGCAUUCGGCCGUCCUGCCCCACACCCUCACCCUCACGCCUUCGCAGGUGGUCGUCCAGUACGCCGAUAGCCCAGUGGCCAAGAAAGACGAGGGCCGGACAAGGGAGCUGCUGAAUGGCGAGGUGGAGAAGGGUCGGCGCUACGGGCUGCUGCUGGAGGCCAGCCUGAUCAAGCAGAGUGGAGUGGCCAAGGCAGCGCACGGCCAGCCGCAGCAGCACUACGAGACCCAGCACGUGGUCAUCCCAGCCGACUACACACAGGAAACAUCAGGGCUUCGAACCUCUCUGAUGCUGGUGCCCAACAGCCAUGGCAACAGCGGCGGUGCUGAGCAGGACUGCGGCCCAGAGAAGCCCCCAUCCUCUGUGGCUCACAGUGAGAAGGGGGGUGCAGCUCUGACCAAGCCCAUCUCUGGCAAGGCUUCAUCCUUCACCUUCCCCUCUUCCACGUCCUCAGAGGGGCCGAAGACGCACAUCGCCUCUCUGUCCCCACACACCGUCAUCCAGACCACUCCCAGUGCCGCCGAACAGAUCUCCAUGGGCGUCACCGCCCCCAGCUUCUACCACGCCCCCCAGCCGCCCAUCAUCGGCUACAUCGCAAGUGGCGGGCAGCAGCAGCAGACGGUCAGUUACCACGCCACCCUGCCCCAGCACCUGCUCAUCCCGAGCGGGCAGUCCCUGCUGGUCCCAGUCAGCGCCAGUGGCGGAGGGGAGCAGGAGCCCCCCCAUGCUGUGGUUACCUCCCCCCAGCAAAACACUGUGUCUGCCUCGCACUCCUACAUCGCCACGGCGAUCCCAAAGUGUGAGCUCGUGGGGGUGAGUGAGCAGCAGGCCACAGGAGCCUACCCGGCUACAGCCACCGCCGGAGGCCUGGUGCAGGCCCAGCUCAACCUGCCUGUGCCUGCAGCCCCUGCCCCCUUGCUGCCCCCCUACUUCAUGAAGGGCUCCAUCAUCCAGCUAGCGGACGGGGAGCUGAAGCGGGUGGAGGACCUGCGGACAGAGGACUUCAUCCAGAGCGCCGAGAUCAGUGGAGAGCUGAAGAUCGACUCCAGCACGGUGGAGCGCAUCGACGGAAGCCCCACGCCCAACUCCGCCAUCAUCCAGUUCUCUGUGGGAGAGCACAGAGUGCAGGUGAGUGUGGAGGUGUUGGUGGAGUAUCCCUUCUUCGUUUUCGGGCAGGGUUGGUCGUCCUGCUGCCCGGACAGGACCACCCAGCUGUUUGAGCUGUCGUGUGCCAAGCUGUCAGUGGGUGACGUCUGCAUUUCCCUCACCCUGAAGAACCUGAAGAAUGGCUCUCUGAGGAAGAGCCAGUCUCAGGCCGCUGGAGUCCCACUGAAGCCCCCCAAGGCAGAAACACAGCACAGGGACAGGGGGGGCAACUGCAGAGAGCAGGAGAAUGGACUAGGGCAGUGGGCAGGAGGGGUGGAAGGCAGGGUGGGGGGCAUCAUCUCUGAGAAUGGAGAACUGAAGUCUGGGGAAAAGACCUGCUCACCCCAGGCACUAAAAACAGAAUCUGGAGGCACUGAUCGACCUUCUGGUCGCAAGAGGAGAUGGUCAGCCCCAGAAGGUCGACAGGUGGAGAAGUCUGGUGAGGGGCCAUCCCCACCCCUGCCCAAAACCACAUUUAUCCCUCAGGAGGUUAAGAUCUGCAUCGAAGGCAGAUCAAAUAUAGGCAAGUGAACAGUCACAGGAUUUUUGCAAAUGGGGGAAUGAGAGCAACGAUUCACUUACGUGUGAUUUUUUUGUUUUGUUUUUCCUAUCCAGAUUACUGUACUGUAGGCUACAUUUACUACAUAUUUUCAUGCUAUAAUUUUACUUUAGGUCCGUGUAAUACCUACACACAGAGUUUUGACAUUGUUUGAUAUUGCACAGGCUGUUGAAAUAGUUCCACAAUUCUUGGGUAAGAUUGUUUGAGGGAUUGCAGUGUAUCAAACAUAUAUACAUAGGCAGGUGGCUUGAGCACUGCUUGACUCUAUUAUGAAAAAUAAGCUGGUCUCCUUGCUUUAUAGUCCAUUUACAUUUACAUUAUCAUCACCUUUAAAGGGUCCGACAUGAACAGACUGUUCGGCACAUUGUCCAAGGUUGCAGGAGACACAGGAUGUUGAAAGGCUAUGGUCCAGUUCUGAGUGUCACUGAGAGAUGGGGGUAGAGUUCAUGUCACAUGACUAGCUCAGUCAUGUUAUUGGUGCCGAGUAUUCUUUCGCCCCUUGUAUUCUGACCACACCUCUCUUGCUCGACGGAGGCGAGGGCAGAACAUCCCCUUGAGCUCACCUCCUCAUAGCAUCUGUGCUCUGAGGCUGCAGAAUGUGGAAUGUCAGCACUUUACCUACCGCAUUUGGUGGAAUGGCGGAACCACUCCUGCCAUGCACCCUCCCUUCCCCCAAGAUCACUGUUUCCAUGGCAAUGGGGGAUGCAGGUGGGAGUUGACAUGAUGUCAGCCAGCUCAUGCGUUCUAUCCCUUUUUUAAGGUUUGUGUGUCUAUUUUUUUGUUUGUCAUAUGUUAGUCUCAUAGAUAGCAUUUACCUUUUCAUGGGGCCCUGUCUGGAUUACACAUCGUGUGGAAAGACAGUGGACGCCUUGGAUACACUGCUUAUGUCUCAGAGAUAUGUGGUGGCAGCCAGAGACCGAGGACGACAUACGCCUCAGUAGCAGAGUGCAGAAUGUGGGAGGAGAGUGAGGCCUCAUCAGGCUCAUAAUGGAUCAAACUGCCACACGCUUUCAUUGAUUGACUUACACAGCACGUUUCAACACGUUUUUCUCUCCAUGUCAAAGCACUUUGAUUUGAUCAAGUCAGCGAGUCUGACUGCCUCACUCUCCUAUUGCUAAGGGCAGGGGCACCCAGGGCCUCGCUGUCACUGUACUCAAUAUGAAGACAAGUUUCAGUUCACUGUGGGUGGCAGGCAAAGGCACAAACCUAAAGAGCACCUGGGGGUGGUUCUGCAAAAAAUUAUCUGGAGUUAAUCUUGCAAGUAUGAACAUAUAUAUUCUGUUGGAUUUAAAAGGAAAAAUCCGUUUUGAAAGCAAAGCAAACAUUUUGAACCACAAGAAAUUGUUUUGUGAAGCAAACCAAGCAUUGUAAAGUUUGAACAACUUUUAAAGGCUUGGCAAUGUUCAACCAAACACUUUUUCCCUGGGUUUGGCACCAUUCUGGGUGCCUUUUCCAAUGCUCACAGAAUCCACUGCUGAACUUUGAUGUGUCUGUUGUACAGCCCCAGAGAUGGUGGAGUCAGAAGGUCACUUUAUAAAGGGAAACAAUGCUGAUCAGAGAGGGGGUGGAGGAUCUCUACACACAGCACUAUGUUUACAUUGUUUUUGCUAUAGAACUGGCUUUGCCUACAUAGAGACACUGCCUCUCUGUCAGAUAUUUUACAUUCAAAGCACAUUUAAUUUGUAAUGUCACGUUCCCAUUAUCUGAACGUUAUACACUCUUUGGGUGGUAUUUAUACCCUAGCCACUGAUUUACUUUAAUAAGCAGAUUUCCUCUUGGCCCCUACUGUUGAAACUGCAAAUGGGGCAGUUUCAAUAGAAAUGACAUGAAUCAUUUUACACUACUCUCUGGCCUAAGAGGCAUCUCCGUAGCACAAUGAAUUUUUAUGUUUGUUCCAAUUUCAGUAGCUGGACAUUUUAAGACUCUUUCUCAUGAUGGUGCACAGAAAAAGUUUUCAUCUUCCUUUUUUUCCAAAUGCUUUUUAUGUAUAAUUGGCCCCUCACAUUUUUAGGAACACAACCUGUUGGUAGACAACUCAAGAUGAUCGAAUGAUUUCAAAUCUCUCUUGUACAGUAUGUCCAAACUGUUCUCUUAGUUAAUGUCCACAGCCCAAAAGUGCAAUGUACAAUCACAAUGUGCUGGUAGGGAAAGGUACAAAGGGGGUUUUGUUUGAGAAACUGAGUGUGCUAAGGAAUCAAACAGAGAUUAUUUUCUUGCAGAAUUUAUCUCGUGUAAUUGAUCCAUAAAUGGAAUUAUCUCUUGUCCACUCCCUCACGAGUGCAGGAUCACUGGAGUUUGGACCAGUUAUGUGAAACAUAUCCUGCUUGUCAUAUAGUUUUAAGUGUCUGAUUAGAGAGACCCCUUUGAAUGAUACCGCCCUGUUACAAUUUUCCUCACAGUUGAAGGUGCAGGCCACCGGCCAGUCCCUGACCAGACAAUCAGUCCUGCCAUAUGAUGUCAUGAAACAGCAGCAGUCAUCCCUAGUGAUGGAGAGGGCUUUUAUUUAUUUUUUUAUUUCCUUCCUUUUUACUAAUAUUUUACAAGAGAAUUUUGGAGUGUGUUUUUAACUCUGAUAAUUCUAUUUUCUUUGUUGUUGUGUUGCCUGUUUGUUCCUACUUGGUUUAACCCUCAUGAUCUUUUCAGUGUUUUUGUGGGAUAUCUGACAGGAAGGAUUUGUUAAUAAGAACGUUCUCACUUUGAACAUCAGAGGGAUAUGGAGACUAUGUGAAAAGAAGUCAGAGACCGAAAAGAUUAUUUGAUAAUGGAAAUUGUUCCCUUAUCAAUGUUCAAGGGUCUAUCCACAAACAUGUGAGAGGUGUCUGUCUCCUACAUAUAUGUAUCUUCAUAUAUAUGUAUGUGUAUGUUUGUAGGUUUAUGCAUACACAUAUGUAUUUAUGACACAUGUAUAUUUUGUGCAUGCAUAUUGUUUUCUGCAAUAUGCAUUCAUAAAUGCAUGUGUGCACAUAUACACAUGCACACUUUUCCAUGAAACACUGAAAUGGCCUGCCUGUGUUUUGUGAUUGGAAACAAUAUGUAGUGAUUUCCAUGUUCUGUACUGUAGUUUGUGUGCAUAUUUGUGUAUAUACUGUAUUGUACAGUAUACACACAGUAUAUAUAAUGAAAAGAUACAGUGUUUUCUGUUUAACGUUAUACUUUUAGAAUCUUGCAAUUUGCACAGCUGGAGAGUUUGAGACUUUUCUUUUUUGUGGGGGGGGGGGGGGGGGGCUCUUGGGGGUGCAAUGAAUGUUGGGAAUUAAUUUACCUAAAUGUAGCAGUGACCAGUACUUUACAGUGACAAGUUCUGCCCGCAAGCCCUACAUGCGGGUCUUCUCUUCUCUUUAUAAGGACUUUAAGCAUUGACUGCUGCGGUCACGGCUACAGUGGGCAGAAGUAAAUCUGUGCCCUUGUGCCCAUGUGUGAAUUUGACUUGAUCUGCUCAUCUACUUUGAGGAAGGCAUUACUUUCAUGUAGCAGAUAAGCAGGCUACGGGGGCAGAUGGGAUCAAGUCCAAUUCACACAUGUGCAAUAAGGGCACAGAUUUAUUUCUGCUCACCGUAGCUGUAACUACAGCCUUCAAUGCUUAAAGUCCCUAUUAUCAUGUAGAAAAGGAACAGGAAGAACUACACGUAAACAAUUACAGUUAUGUGGCUCUCUGAUUGGCCCAAGAGGCCUGCCAGCCAAGAGAGAGGUGUGUUCUCUUGUGAUACAACACAGUGAAUCAAUGUACAUGAGUCAAGUGCAUGAUCGAAUA